AUGGAUACUGACUCAGCAUACAUGGCUUUCAGUUGUGAGAAACCUUUUCAGAGCUGUAUCAAGCCUGAGCUACGAGAGUACUUCCAAAAGCAUAAAUACGAGUGGUUCCCACGCGACUACAACGAAGGGGUAGCGAAGUUCGAGCGACGUACACCAGUAUUAUUCAAAGAUGAAUGGACAGGUAAUGCGAUGGUCUCUCUCUCAUCCAAGAACUGCAUCUGCUAUCUACCGGACGAGUCCUACAAGGUCAAGGUUUCAGCAAAGGGCGUUCAGCAAGGUCGUGGUCGCAAUGAGGAUGUUUCAAGCCCAAAAUGUUUCGAGACUGUUGUCCGAGACCGUAUCACGCUACAAGGUACCAACAAGGGAUUUCGACUGAGUAAGGAGACAAAGUCAAUUAUUACGUAUAGUCAGACGAAGACGGCCUUGUCAUAUUAUUAUGAUAAGCGCCAAGUCCUCGAAGAUGGCAUCUCGACUGCUCCAUUGGAGAUAUAA